CACCACAAAGUGGCGGUUAGAAUACUGUUUCCUCCCGCGAAAAGCUUUUCAGAAAAGCAUUUGUUUAUCAGAAAAGUUUGAUUUCAGAACUGGAAAGGCAAAGUGAAGUCUCGUGGCAGUGAGUGCCUCUCAACAAUCCCCCCACCACCUCUUCACACACUUCCCCCACCUUUUUCAUCUCUCUCUCUCUCUCUCUCUAAACUAUCACUUCCCAUUUCUGGGGAGGUCUUGUGGGAGAACAAGAAAUGGUGAAAGAAACAGAGUACUAUGAUGUUCUUGGGGUUACCUUUUCUGCUUCUGAGGAGGAAAUCCGCAAGGCUUAUUACUUGAAGGCCAGGCAAGUUCAUCCGGAUAAAAAUCCUAAUGACCCUCAAGCUGCAGAAAGAUUUCAGGUACUGGGUGAAGCUUAUCAGGUUUUGAGUGACCCGGGGCAAAGGGAUGCCUAUGAUAGAAAUGGAAAGUAUUGCAUAUCUAGGGAGGCCAUGGUUGACCCUACUGCUGUCUUUGCUCUUCUUUUUGGAAGUGAACUGUUUGAGGAAUAUAUUGGACAUCUUGCUGUGGCAACAAUGGCUUCCUCUGAGUUAUCUGGUGAAAUUGACAAUCCUGAAAAAGUACAUGAUAAGUUGAAGGCUUUUCAAAAAGAACGAGAAGAAAAGCUUGCCAGAACUCUGAAAGGUUUGCUUCAGCAAUAUGUUCGAGGCGACAAAGUAGGAUUUGUGCGCUGUGCUGAAUCUGAAGCAGAACGGCUUUCUCAUGCAGCUUUUGGAGCUGAUAUUCUGCACACUAUCGGCUAUAUAUAUGCAAGACAGGCAGCACAAGAGCUGGGAAAGAAAGCCAAAUAUCUUGGGGUGCCAUUUGUGGCAGAAUGGGUUCGAAAUAAGGGACAUUUCUGGAAAUCACAGAUCACUGCAGCAAAAGGAGCUUUUCAGCUGUUGCAACUACAAGAAGACACUCGUCGCCAGUUCAAAAUGGACGGUAGUGGCCCCGAAAAUGACCUUCAAUCACAUUUAAGGUUGAAUAAGGAUACGUUGAUGAACUCAUUAUGGAAAUUGAAUGUAGUGGAUAUUGAAGUCACUCUUUUACAUGUGUGCCAGAUGGUGCUGCAAGAAAGUAAUGUUAGGAGAGAAGUACUUAAGGCCCGUGCUAUGGCCCUAAAACAUUUAGGGAAAAUAUUUCAGAGGGAAAAGGAUAAACAAAGGGGAGGAACAUCAAAGAAGACAAUUGGUUCUCACAUAAGCGAUGAUGAAAGCAGUUCCGAUAGCAGUGAUGAAGAGGAUUCCCCACGACCGCUCAAUUAUCGAACUCCUAUGAUCACACAAGGCAUUGGUAGACUCUUCAGGUGCCUCUGUAAUCCAGCAUUUGAUGUGGAUGAUGAUGAGAUUGUGUACAAAAGCAAAUCAUGAUUGCGAAACUCUUGCUAAUACCGAAAGGCCAUCUUGUUCAGCAAAAGAUUGUUUUUAAGAUGACACAAAAGAACAAGCUGAAACUAUGAAUUGUGUUUGUGUGUGUGUGUGUGUAGUUUGUUGGUGAACUUGCAAUUGCUGCAGUAUAUCUCAUAUACAAGAAGAUUGGUGAGUUUCAUAGUUAAUAUACCAAUUAGACUA